AUGCUUUCUAGAUCAGCCAAGUCAUACACUCCAUUAGUGUCCAAGAGAUUCCAACAUGCUGCAGCACCUUCCCCUGCCAAAUCGACUUUUACCAAUAAGUACAACUUUGAUUUGAGCCCUCCACAAACCCACAAAUACUGGAACUUGUAUAACUCCAGUUUGGUUUUCGGUAUUGGUGUGUCAGUAUUUGCCUUCAGUGGAUACAUAUACGGUGGAUACUUCGACGCUGUCAAUGCCGCUUCCUUCUCCAAGUCUGCCAUUCGUAAGCCAUUUGACAAAUGA